CACGCAUCGAGCGUGAUACAACGGGUCGCCUCCGUAGAUUGAAACUCAUCUGGAGUAUCCAGUUCGUCCGGUUCUGAUAACAUUCAGUUCGAAAACAAACAGAGCAAGAUGAGAGCAGUUUUAGUAUUACUAGCGAUCUACGCUCUAGGUAUGUGUCUUGCCAAUCCUAUCGAGAAGCUCGACAAAAUCAGCGUUAUCGAGCAGCAGUCUGUGACAAUGACAGAUCGAGCGAAAUACGAGGAGGAGCUGCUUCGAAAAUUGAACAACAAGUGUUCGCAAAACGAUAUUAGUAGCUGCGUUAUGUUGAAGCUUGUAACGUAUAUGAACAAGCUGUUGAAAAAGACCUCCAUUGAGUUAACCGAUGACAUUGAAAUUAGAAAGACCAGUCAAGCUACGGAAGAGGUUAUCACAUACGAAGCAGGCAGAAGUACGGACGAGGAAACGGAAGUACUUAAUCUCGUGGUUAACAAAGUUUACGCUUUCGUCAAAUCCAGGAGCAUCAAGUGGAGAAUCCUUCCAGAAGAUAAUGUCGUCGUGUCUGCUUCCGAGGACAAAAAUGGAUCUCUCAAUCUUGGCCUUUCUAUCGAACGCGCGGACAAUGCACCCGUUCAAGACGGUCGUGGUAAGAAAAAUAACAACAUGGGUCCACUGAUGGCAGCAGCUGUACUGAAGAUCGGUGUGAUCGCUGGUUUGGCCUUUAAAGCUUUGGCAUUGUUGGUCGGUAAAGCUCUCUUGCUUUCCAAGAUUGCUUUACUCUUGGCCAGUAUUAUCGGCCUGAAAAAGCUCUUCUCGCAACAGAAGCACGUGACGUACGAAGUCGUCGCUCAUCCACAUCACUCCUCGAGUCACACUUACAGUUCCGAUCAUGGACACGGUGAUAGCUACUCAAGUGGAUGGGCAAGAAAUUUUCAUGGGCAGACAUCGAUUUCUGGCCAAGGAGACGCUCACGAUUUGGCCUACUCCGCUCACGCCAAAUAAAAAAGAUAAGAUAGAAGACGAGAAGUCAGAAAAAUAUGCAGGAUCGAUUAUUCGCUCUGUGAAAUCCAUCGUAUCGUUUGUAUUGUCUUCGCGAUCUUAGUAUUAAUUCUUAGAUUUUUACUUUGGUUAUUCUAGGCUUUUCUUUCUCUAUUUUUAUCUUUUUCUUUCUGUUUCUAUUUAUUUCUGCCUUUUAUUCUUCUUUGAUCAUCCAUUCUUUUAUCAUUUCUCCUUCUUUUUUUCUUUCCUUUCAUCAUUCGGGGUGCCUUCACCUCUUAAAAAUUCGACAGAUACGACUGUCCUUCCUCAUCCAUUUGUCACGACUUCGACUCGUACGACUGUUUACGCAUUAUCAUGUUAGAAUACGGACGCGCGAUGUACAUGUCUCGCUACAUGAGACUACUAUGUUUAUUUUUUUUUUUUUACACAUAUGACAUUCUUAUCACAGUAAGAAGAAAACAAGAAAGAGAAAACAGAGAAGAGAUCUUUCUUAUAUUACUUGUUGAUAUUUCACGAAUUGAUUAUCUAUUGAAAGAGAUUUGUAAGAUAGUUAUACCGAAUACGAUAGACGUUAUCAAGACCAAAAGACAAAAAGACAAAAAGCGGAAGACAAUGAAUCGUAUCUACGAGUAUCCAAAGUAACGAGUACCCCUCGUUAGUUUUAUCUUUUUACCAUUAAUUUAUUUCGCCCCUCCAUUAUUGACAGUGCAAAUG